CUGACCGACAUGGCAAGCCGAUGUCUGCUUCGCAGACUUGCGAGGGUUUCGAAGCUUACAAACAACUAUGGAACAGUUCGAUCAUUAUCCAGUCUGGCAGAGCUUCCAGAAACCCAUCAGAUGUUACAGAAAACAUGUAGAGAUUUUGCUGACAAUGAAUUAGUUCCUAUUGCUGGGAAGUUAGAUAAAGAGCAUCAGUUUCCACUUGAGCAGAUAAAGAAGUUAGGAGAAUUAGGAAUUAUGUGUGUAGAUAUACCUGAGUCAGAAGGAGGAACUGGUUUAGAUUAUCUUGCCUAUGCUAUAGCUUUAGAGGAAAUCAGUAGAGGUUGUGCAUCAACAGGCUGUAUAGUUAGUGUAAAUAAUUCAUUAUAUUUAGGACCAAUCAAGAAAAAUGCAAACCAAAUGCAGAAAGAAUUAUUCCAGACCCCCUUUCUCCAUGGUGAUAAAGUUGGAUGUUUUGCCUUAAGUGAACCAGGAAAUGGCAGUGAUGCUGGGGCUGCUUCCACUACAGCAGUAUUACAGGGAGAUCACUAUGUAUUAAAUGGAACCAAAGCCUGGAUUACAAAUGGAUAUGAAGCUGAAGCCUCAGUGGUAUUUGCUACAACAGAUAAAAAUAAAAAACACAAGGGCAUUAGUGCCUUUUUGAUUCCUAAACCUACAGAGGGUUUAUCACUUGGAGUGAAAGAAGAUAAAUUAGGAAUAAAAGCUACCUCAACAUGCUAUCUAAUAUUUGAAGACUGUAAAAUACCCCGAGAAUUCUUGUUAGGAGAGCCUGGUAUGGGAUUCAAAAUUGCAAUGCAAACAUUAGAUGCAGGAAGAAUAGGUAUUGCAGCACAGGGUAUAGGAAUUGCUCAAGCUUCUUUAGAAUGCGCCAUUGACUAUGCACAGAAGAGACAAGCCUUUAAUCAACCUAUUUCAAAAAUGCAAACAGUUCAGUCUAAAUUGGCAGACAUGGAAAUGAGAAUACAGAGUGCCAGAUUACUUAAUUACAAAGCUGCUUUACUGAAAGAUGCUGGUAAACCAUUUUCAAAGGAGGCAGCUAUGGCCAAGUUGGCAGGAUCAGAAGCUGCUACAUUCUGUAGUCAUCAGGCUAUACAGAUCCUAGGAGGUAUGGGGUAUGUGUCAAGUAUGCCAGCUGAGAGAUAUUAUAGAGACGCUAGAAUUACAGAAAUAUACGAGGGAACGAGUGAAAUUCAAAAACUAGUCAUUGCAGGUUGUCUGCUCAAAGAAUACCAAGCUGUGUAGUGUUUAUUUGUUCUGUACAUAUGAAAUAAAUAAUAUAUUUUUGUAUGAUUUUUUUUAUGAAUUAAAAAACACUUAUUACUCAAGAUGUAGAUGAUACAUGUUGAUAAAAAAUGCCUACCUCUUAAGAUUAUGGGUUUAUAACUAAUAUUUGUUAUCCUCUACUCAGACAAUCAAGUUUACAUAAGAAUUGACUGUUAUGUGAAAAAAAUAAUUGACUCUUAUUUAUAUUUUAUUUGAUGUUUGAUAGACAAUUAAACUAACAUACAACAAAUUUUUCCUAAAUUAACUUGAAAGAAAGUUACAUUAUAUGUUAUUCCAAAUGUACACAGUGGAUAUAGGCUCUUAUCUUACCUCCUAUACAUUUCUAGGAAUAUGAUUGGUUAAAAGCCACCGCGUGGAGACUGUGUAUAAUCCAUAUGGGGUUAGUAGGCGUGGUUUAUUUUAAUACACGGUUAGUAGUGGUGUUACGUCUCUUUAUAAUAAACAACAGAAGAAAAUCUGAUAUGCUUUGCCUGGAUAAUAGAUGAAGAAAUUGAUGAUGAACGAUUGAAAUAGAUGCAGAAAACACAUUAAAAGCUGACAAGUUGUUAUUGUUGGCAUUUGUUUUUGUAUAGACCAAUGGAAGUAGGUUCUUAAUACUAAAGGUAUUGAAGACUUGAUCACUUUGAUAGGCCACUAGUCUAAAUGCCACAUGUUAAGAUAGUCAGUAAGAUAAAUUCGUUACAUAGUGACCUAAUACGAUAUAUAUGGCGUCAGUAAAUUUCAUAUUGGGUGAGAGCGAAUAUCGUAUUAGGUCAGUAGCAAACUAUGUAACUAAUAAUAUUCCCUGUCAGUGUAUUACAUCUUCUGAGUCCCCAGGCAAAGGGGAAAUAGGACACUAAUAGGAAAUAAGAGCCUAUAUCCCCUGUAAAGCCAGAAAUUACAAUUCUAUUAAACUGGAAAGUCCUGAUUUUAACAUUAAUUACUAUUCUGAUCUUCGUUUUUGUUCACAGGGUAUAUGGAUUAUAAACCAUGCGAAGUUAACCAAUCAAAUUGCAUGAUUAGCUGGUAUAUUUGACUCCAGUUUUAUAUUAAUAUGUAUGCUAAUAAGAUUUUAAGAGAUAUAGGUCACUAUACUUUUAAAAUUAAGAAUUUAAUGAUUUAAUAUGUGAAGCUUAGAAUGAAAAAAUAUUACUUUGAUGAAUAAAACAAAAACUUCUGUUUUGAAGCAACUGUAUUGUAUUACAUUUUUCAAUCAAUAUAUUUCAGGAAGUGACAAGUAAACAUGGGUACCCAUUCAUUUUUUCUUGUUAUUUCAAUAAAUAGUGAAAAGUG